GGCCGCUGCUUGCUUCCCCUGCUCCGCCGCGGGAGCGAGCAGGAAUGUACUGACGUCAGAAGGAAAGCUGCGUGCGCAGGUCGGCACGCUCCGGUCCCGCUGUAUCUCUCUGACUUCUCUCCCUCUGCCGGAGAGUUGCUCAGCGUCAUGACAUAAGUAUGUGCGCGCAUGGGCCGCGAACACGGAGUGUUAUGAAAGAGGCGGCGCUGUCCGUUCCUGCGGCCGAGUUCAGAGUGGCGAGGCGGCGCAGUGACCGAGGGGGGCGGCGCGGCCGGACACUUCGUAGCUGCAGUAUAUCGGCUCGACAAUGAUCAGACUACACGGAGCCGGGGAGGCUUGCGCGUGUGUGCGCGCGUGCACGCGUCUCCAUCACGUAUUCACCAAAGAAUAAGUUUGUGAUGAUGAGAUGCGGACGGUGGAUGAAGAAGAUAAAGGCAACUCCACAUCACUGAGGAACUUUGCUGCCCAACAACCCCUCCUCCCUCUGCCUUGACACAACUGCUUUCCACUUCCCGUUUUCUUUUUCCCCCCCACUCCUGAAGCUCUUCCACACCCCAACCCCGCGACCCCCCCCCCCCCCCCCCCUCCUUGUUGUUCAAACAUGGACACAGCUGGAGAGAGACCGUCCGCUCAGGAUGGGCACCCCGACUCCAGGAGCAUCCCCGGUCGGUCGGACCUCAGCGGACUGUACCAUCUUGGUCGGACGCUGGGGAGGGGCCACUUUGCCGUGGUCAAGCUGGCUCGCCAUGUCAACACCAGGCAGCUGGUUGCUGUCAAGAUGAUUGACAAGACAAAACUCGAUGUGAUGGCCGCAAGUCACCUCUUGCAGGAAGUGAGGUGCAUGAGGCUGGUGCAGCAUCCCAACGUGGUCCGCCUGUACGAGGUCAUCGACACGCCCACCACCCUCUACCUGGUGAUGGAGCUGGCCGAGGGGGGCGACCUCUACGACUACAUCCUGCGCCACGAGGGAGGCGUGGCCGAAGGCACCGCCAAGCGCCACUUCGCCCAGAUUGUGCGCGCUGUGGCGUACUGCCACCAGCUCCACGUGGUGCACCGCGACCUGAAGCCCGAGAACGUGGUGUUCUUUCCUCAGCAGGGGGCGGUGAAGCUGACUGACUUUGGGUUCAGCAACUUAUUCCAACCCGGGACAAUGUUGGCCACGAGCUGUGGGUCGCUGGCGUACUCGGCCCCAGAGAUCCUGCUGGGGGAAGAGUAUGAUGCUCCAGCUGUGGAUAUCUGGUCUCUCGGGGUGAUCCUGUACAUGUUGGUGUGCGGAGCCCCUCCCUUCCAGGAAACCAACGACAGCGAGACUCUGGUCAUGAUCCUGGACUGCCGAUACCGCGUCCCCGAGCACGUCUCCCACGGCUGCAGAGGCCUGAUCUCCCGGAUGCUCCAGAAGGACCCGUCUUGCCGCGCCUCCCUCAAGGAGAUUGAGGCCCACGACUGGCUGCAGGGUCUUGACGACGCCCUGCUCAGCCCCGAGGCCCCGCCCUACUGGCUCUCGGGGGCCCUCUCUCCCAGCUCACCCCGCUUGGGAGCACCUGAGUGUGGGGACCUGCUCGCCGUGAGGCCCCCGCCUCAGCAGGCUUUCCCCGGCCCCUGGCAGCCCAGCCUCACCUUGACCGUGCGUCCGCCUCCGGCUGAUGAGCCCCCGGUCACCAGGAACCUACCUACCCUACAGCAGAUCUGCGAAGAGGAGGAGGAGGAGGAAGAAGAGGAGGAGGAGAAGAAGGAGGAGGAAGAGGAACAAGUGGAGAUGCAGGGUGUUUGGGCAAAAGGGACUGAAUGCUUGGCAUCUUCGUUCGUAGCAGAGCCAGAAAAAGCAGCUGAGGAGACGCUUGACAGGGAGAAGGACCCAGAAGAAGAGUUGGGAAGCAUCGUAGGGGUUCUCGAGGAGGCAGAGGAGGGGCAGGAAGAAAUGCAGGAGGAAGACGAUGGCUCCGUGAUUUCAGACCAGCCACUGAGUCAUGGAGACAACUCUGCAAGUCAGACGGCCCAAGUGUCUCCAUCGCCGCUGGCUGGUUUGAGGGUGCCGUGCUGUCGGGGGCCAGCGGGCCCCCCGAGCCCGGAGGAAGAGGAGAUGGAACCUAACAAUAACACCAAGCCUCCGCCUCUCCUCCCAGAGUCCUCCGCGCCCUCCCCCAGACUCGCACUGAACCAGGAGCAGGCGCAAAAAGCGGGACGAGAGGGAGAGCGAGAGGGGAGGGCGGGGGAGGGCGACACCCCCCCGACGGACCGAUCUCAAGCCCACAGUGCGUGGCCCGAGCAGGGGAAGAGGCACAGCAUUAAGCUGCGCGAGCGGCUCUUUCAGUUUCCGCUGUGCGAGAAGGCCCUAGCCUUCAACAUGCCGACGCACAACAAGCCCAAGAUCCUCCCGCUGGCCCAGUACAACUGCUGCCACGUGCUCUGAGGGAGAAGAGCGGGGUUUCAUGCCUACGAACGCUCGGACAUCACGAGAGGGAGAAUGAAGAAGGGUAACAACGAGAGAUGGAAAUGAACGUUUUUAUUGAAUAAGCUAUAGUCUUUUUUUUUUUUUUUUUUUGAAAGGUGCCUCAAAUGAGUCAAUGGGUUUCUGUACAUGCAUGACCACAAAGCUUUGGUUCUGACCGUGAAAAACGCCUCUAAAUGUCAGAAUGGUGAAACGCUCAGUGGAUCCAUGAUUUCAUAUUAUAUGAUAUGUGAAUUAGAACAAACUUUGAACCAGCUCAUGCUACAGAGGAGCACUCGUUUUCUCUUCCCUUGCACAACCUGCUUGUCAUGGUUCAAAAGCUCUUAAUAUAAGCUAUUGUAGAAAGGUGGAGACUGUUAUCAUACAGUAUGAUGUGAAAUAUGAUGCUGUGUAAUAUAUGCCUAAGAAUGAGGAUGAUAUGAUUUUUCUGUAUUAAGCCUAAAGUCUAUUUGAUGUAAUGACGUGUCCUAACAUACUGUAUUUAACUGUGGACGGGAUCAUUAAUCGGGAUGCAGGUCUUCCAGUGUAUUUCAACCUGUUCUUUUUAUUCACACUGAAUCGUCGUAUUGGAUCACAAUAGAUUUAUUUUAGAUGUGCAGAUAUGAUGUUUUUUUUUUUUUUUUUUUAAAUAGAUAGGAAUUCUCUAAUGAGACAUUGACUCUGUGCAUGUUGUUACUGUUAUUUAUCACACUAUACCUCCAUGUGUCUUGGCUGUGUACCUGUAAGUACUUUGAGGUAAUCCACUCACUGGUGAACCUCACACAGUACGUCUACUGCAGCAGGUCGCUUUAUCGAGCUUUAGAUGUGUGGCGUCAUUUAGAGCUGAUGUAAUUCCUUACUGUGUUGCUGAGGAGUCCCUCUGUGUGGUUUUGUCAUACCAUAUAAUGCCUCUCUGGGUGAGUCUCUAUUUUCUCUCACUGUAUAUGUUCUCCUCUUUUGAAGCUGAGACAAUGAGUGAAACAAGUUUAAGGAAGGCCAAAGCUGUACAAUAAGUGAAACAUUCCUCCUCUAGACGGAAGAGCGUGCUCCAAUCAGACGCUGCAGCCUCACGGGUACAACUAGUCGGAUUAUUACCCUGCGACCUGUGAUCCCCGGCUAUACAAGCAGUGGAUCUCACGUAAAACAUGAAAUCUGUGCAGAGAAGGGAUAAAUACCCCAUUAUUUGUUGCUGUGUGAUUGCACCCCCCCCCCCCCCUUCCCCCCUCUCAGUGCGUCUACUGACCGGCAUUGUAACUACUACCACGUCUCCAUGGAGCUGUGAACUUAUUUUUCUGUAUUUAUUUAUUAAAAAUUGAUCAAAUCAACAGAA